CAGCAUCUUUCAAAGGCACUCGGAUGUUGCUAGACUUGUCAUUGAUUCAUUUGCCCCGCUUCACCAAGUCCAACAACAGACUCCAGCCAAGCCAUGACGGUUGAAAGCUCGGCUUCCAUUAGCGUUCGACAGUACCGCCCAGAAGAUCAUGCUCAAGUCACCAAAAUCUACGUAGAAGGUCUGAUGGCAUGCGAUUCUGACCCAAAGUAUCGCUACCUGUGGGAAGAGCUCCUUCGCAAAGACCUGACGAACGAUUUUUCUGAUAUCGAAGCUAGUCACAUGACUCCAGGUGGAAACUUCUUGGUCGCUGUGGUGAAGAAAAAUGGAUCCAGCAGAAUCGCGGGCAUAAUCGGACUGUUGCGCGAAUCUGAAGAUGUUGGGCAGAUUCGACGCGUGUAUUUAGAUCCGAACUUUCAGCGCAUGAGCAUCGGUCGAAAAAUGAUCGCAGAGCUCGAGAUCUGGGCCAAAAAGAACGGAAUCAAGCAUAUAUUCCUGACGACGAACGCUAACAAGGAGAAAGCGAAGACAUUUUACUCUGCGCUCGGCUACACCAAGGUGGAUGAAGGACAGUACAGCUGGACGGAGCCUCUCUACCUUCCAAUCGUUAAAUUUGUCAAGCAGUUGUAGCCUAGCAGUUGCUGAAGGCCUGCUUACAGUACAAGGAACACGAAUUGCCUGCGAAGUACCUUUAGAUGCGAAUAAAAUGUUUGAAAACUAUGUACCGUACAAUUACACACAAGUCUUACAUAAUAUUUGACUCC